GACAUAUCUAAACACAGUUACUAGAACUUGCUACGAAACAACAAUAAUAGAAAUAUAAGCUGCACGAAAAACGAAUAAACGCAGUUAUUUUGAGGAAAAUAGAAACGAAUACAAAGGCAACCGAAAUUCCCAGCAAGACUACAUUAUCGCACAGCUGUGAAACGUGACAUUCGUAUUAUCCAGAGUAUUUCAUCACAACAACAAAAUGUUGCGCCUUGCACUUUCGGCCGUCCGUCCUGCCGCCGGCAGUCUCAAUCUUCUUAACCAGGCUCCGGAGCAUCUGCUCCGCGCCAAGCCCAACAUGGCGGUGGUGCGCAACUACGCCCGUGGUCCGGUCCGUACCCGGGCUCCCGUGGAGCAGCAAACAUUGCGGGCUCCCUCGCUCAAGGAGAAACUGAUGGGUCCGCCAAGCGCCAAUGCUUAUUCCAUGGGCAAGGGCGCUGCCGCUGGAGCCGCUGCUGUGGGACUGGGCGCUCUAUGCUACUACGGCGUGGGAUUGGGCAAGCACACCAGCAUUGCCGACAAUGCCAUAAUGUGGCCGGAAUAUGUAAGGGAUCGCAUUCAGAGUACAUAUGCCUUUUUCGGAGGAUCUUGUGUCCUGACUGCAGCUGCUGCCGCAGCCGUUUUCCGUUCACCUCGCCUCCUGGAGCUGACCUCUCGUGGUGGUAUUUUGGCAACCAUUGCUUCUCUAGCUCUUGUUAUCGGCAGCGGGGCCGUGGCCAGGUCAAUUGACUACCAGCCGGGUCUGGGGCCCAAGCACCUGGCCUGGGCGGUGCACUGCGCCAUUCUGGGAGCCGUUAUCGCUCCCAUCUGCUUCAUGGGCGGACCGAUUUUAACGCGCGCCGCUCUCUACACUGGCGGCAUUGUCGGAGGCUUGUCCACGAUCGCGGCGUGUGCCCCCAGCGACAAGUUCCUGGCUAUGGGUGGACCCCUGGCCAUUGGUCUGGGAGUGGUCUUUGCUUCCUCGCUGGCCUCCAUGUGGCUGCCGCCCACCACAGCCCUGGGAGCUGGUCUGGCCUCAAUGUCCUUGUAUGGAGGUCUGGUUCUGUUCAGUGGUUUCCUUCUCUACGACACCCAGCGUAUGGUGCGCAAAGCUGAAGUUUAUCCACAGUAUGCCUAUGCCCCAUAUGAUCCUAUCAACGCAUCGAUGUCCAUCUAUAUGGAUGUACUGAACAUCUUCAUCCGCAUCGUCACCAUUCUGAGUGGUGGUCAGCGCAGGAAGUAAACCAUGCAAAUGUGAUCCAGGGAUAAUAACCUACAUGUAUACAUAAAUUUAUAUUCUUGUUAAAAUAAACCGAUUGAGUUGAUAAGCAAAUCAUAAAAGUUUGUUUUAAAAAGGACUAUCUCAAAAAUAAAUGUAUUUUUUAGUUUAAAAAA